AUGUCUGCAAGGAAAGCACUGUAUUACGCCUAUUGUGUUGGAGGCUCCGCAAAGGAGGCCAUUAAAGAGUCAAUUCAAUUUGGAGGAAAAUCUGCCAAGCAAUACGUUAAUACGUCCAUUGUUUUGAGACCUAUCUUAUCACAAUUCCAAUGGUACCACGAUCCUGCUUGGGAAGAGGCUAAGAGUCUAUCGAAGUCGCUUCGGAACGGCCAAACCCAUGUCAAACACAGCAACAAAGCUGGUGUGAGACACUAUUCUACUUCAUCGAGGAGAAGUAUCCAGGUAUGUUUUCAUUGA